UGCCAGGAGGACCUGUUCUGUCAAUCACUGAGUCCUAAGGAAAGUUAUUUGAAAAAAUAAUAAUAAUCGCAUAAUGAGGUGUUGCCACAUCUGCAAACUUCCCGGGAGAGUCAUGGGGAUCCGGGUGCUUCGUUUCUCUUUGGUGGUCAUCCUCAUGUUGCUCCUGGUAGCUGGGGCCUUGACCAAUUUACUUCCCAAUAUCAAAGAAGACAAGAUGCUUACUUUGCGUAGGGAAACAAAAUCCCAGGGCACAUCUGCUCUGGAUUCUUUUACUCUUAUCAUGCAGACAUACAAUAGAACAGAUCUCUUACUGAGACUUUUAAAUCAUUAUCAGGCAGUACCACAUCUGCACAAAGUGAUUGUAGUAUGGAACAACGUUGGGGAAAAGGGGCCAGAUGAGUUAUGGGAUUCUCUGGGGCCUCACCCUGUCCCUGUGAUCUUCAAACACCAAACAGCAAACAGAAUGAGAAAUCGUCUCCAGGUCUUCCCUGAAGUGGAAACCAAUGCGGUGUUAAUGGUAGAUGAUGACACACUGAUCAGUGCCCAGGACCUUGUUUUUGCUUUCUCAGUUUGGCAGCAAUUUCCUGAUCAGAUCGUGGGGUUCAUCCCUAGAAAGCACGUUUCUACGUCAUCAGGUAUCUACAGUUACGGAGGCUUUGAACUGCAGACACCAGGGUGUGGGAACGGUGACCAGUACUCCAUGGUGCUGAUCGGAGCCUCGUUCUUCAGCAGCAGGUAUCUCGAACUCUUUCAGAAACAGCCUUCAGCCACCCACGCUUUAAUAGACGAAACCCAAAACUGUGAUGAUAUUGCCAUGAAUUUCAUCAUCGCCAAGCACAUUGGGAAGACAUCAGGGAUCUUUGUGAAACCUGUAAACAUGGUCAAUUCAGAAAAAGAAACCAACAGCGGCUAUUCUGGAAUGUGGCAUCGGGCCGAGCACUUCCUGCAGCGAUCUUAUUGUAUAAAUAAGCUUGUUAAGAUCUAUGACAGCAUGCCGUUAAAGUACUCCAACAUUAUGAUUUCCCAAUUUGGUUUUCCCUAUGCCAACCAUAAAAGUAAAGUGUGAAAGUAAAACGGAAGCAAACCUGAAAAGUGCUUGAUAUUUGAGUAGCUUGUCCAUGCUAUGUAUUUUUGUUUUUACGCAACAACAUGAACUUUUAUCUAGUCCAGAAAUCUCCGCGGUAGAAAAAAUACGCAACACCUCUAGGAUAUAAAAGUCACAUUAACCUCAAGAACAAAGAAGCUGGUUUUAUCCACACAGGCCUUUUUGCAGAAUGUUUUCAUCCAGGGUUAAGUCCUUGGUCAGCAGUUCUAUUGUUUACAACCUGAAGCGGUUCCACAGUUUAUUUGAUUACUGGCCUUUGCCUUAAGGACCUAGAGCAAGCCAUUUCCAGGAUCAGAAACUCCAGAGAGGCGUCUCUCGGCUUUUUCACUGAAAGGGAUCGUUUUAUUUUCAAACCUGAAAUGCCUGUUUAGCAAAAGCUUGCAGCGUAGGGAAAAGCCAUGUAAGGUGAGAAUGAUCUCCCUCCCAUGUGAAAACAAGGGAGAUCCGUGCUUAGCUGCCAGUGUUUUUCUUGUGGCCCUUCCGACCAGAUUUACUGCCCAGCAUGGUUUAGAUGCAGCUGUCAGUGCUUUCAUUUUUGUAGUUAAGCCUGUUGUAACUGGGAGGGUAGGUUUUAGGGUAUAAGGGACGUCUAGUUGUGUACUUGAGUUGUGUGCGCACACUGCAUGGGUCACCAAGAAGAUGCAGCCUUCGGUUUUUAUGUGCAACUCCAUAUGCAGGAAGGAGUAAGGGUGUAACCGAGCUUGGUUACUGAAUCUGACCUUGAGAAUGUAUGCAUAUUUUUAUAUUUUACAUCAAGUAUGUGUUUAAGAAACAUACAAAAUGACUUCUGAAAGAAUGAUUAAAUAGGAAGUAGCAGAAGUUAAAACCCUUCACAUCAAAGCAUCUUUAUUGAAGCAUAGCAUAUCUCAUGGAUAUACUGUACAGCCGUGUGUUAUACAUCCUUGCCUUCAGAACUUUUUUUUUUUUUUUGGUUUUUUCAAAAAAGAUCUAAGGCACUAUGCAUCCUGAUGAAAUGUCCAUUACACAGUUAAGGAAAGUAUAGCUGAGUCACAGCGGAAGAAUCCCUUGGGGCUCCUCAUCAGUUCAUUGUUAGGGUACCCACGCUGCUGGGUGAAUUAGUAUCUGUGUCCCUCAGUGUCGGGUUAGACCUUCUCCGCCACUGCGGCAAGGAAUACCUUAUUAAACCUCCAUCUUUUCCUUCAUCAUUUUCUUCCUCCUCACUGAGGUGACUGUCCUUCCCAUCUGUUUACAUUAUGCCUACACAGUCUCAAAAUUGCAAAGUUGUGAGGAUAAGAAAACCACGGUUGAUGUCCUAAUUAUGCUGUCAUCGUGCCAUUGAGUAUAUUUUGCUUUUUUUUUUUAUAUUGUAGUGUGUGUUUUAAUGUCAUAAAAAACUUGGAACCUCACUAAAAAUAGAUAAUGUAAAUUAUCAGCUUUCUCCAAUCUUGGUAGUAUUUUUUUGCCUCUUGGUAUUCCAUCAUCUGAUGAAUAAAAUAAACUUUAACCAUCCGUGUGUUCCA